AUGGCGACCGGUCAUCAACAGGCUUCACCCAUGGACCAGGCCCAUCCAUACGGCCAACCACCCGCUCCUUAUGGGGCCCCCUCUCCCAACCCAGACCCAUAUCAUUCGCCUGCGCACUCCCCACCAGCUCAACAACCCUAUGGCAAUCCUAUCGACCAACACCAAGCCCAACAACAGCCCAUCCAGCCUGCACCGACGGGCCAAUACCCCGGCCAGCAGCAAGCGGGCGUCACUAGCCCUAUGAAUGAGAAGCAUGAAUACUACACACAAGGUCAGCAGCCACCACAAGGAGUGGCGCCGGCGUACACGCAGCAGCCGGGCGUCGUAUCGCCAGGCCGAUGGCGCCCGUGA